AUGUCUUUUAAUUUUUUCUUAAUUGCUCUUAACGAAUAUUCAUCUGCAUUCUUUCUCUCGUUCUUUCUUUCUUUCUUUCUUUCUUUCUUUCUUUCUUUUGUCCUUUCAUUCUUUUCCAAUCAUGCAUUUUUUUUUCCUUUUAUUUUUUCUUUCUUUCUUUCUUCCUUUUUUUCGUUUUUUCAUUUUUCUUUCUUUCUACUUUUCUUUUCUUUAUUUCUUUCUUUCUUUCUUUCUUUUCGUUUUCUUCUUUCUUUCUUUCUUUAUUUCUUUCUUUUUUUUUAUCUUUCUUUCAUUUUUUCGUCUUUCUUUUUUUUUUUUUUUUUUCUUUCAUUUCAUUUUUUCUUUCUUCAUUUUUCGUCCUUUCUUUUUUCAGUUCUUUCUUUUUUUUCUUUCGUUAUUUUUUUUUUUGUUCUCGUAUUUUUUUUUUUUCUUCUUUUCGAUUUUUAUUUCUUUUUCCCCUUCUUUCUUUCUUUCUUUCUAUUUUUCCUUUUUCUUUCUUUCAUUCUUUCUUUCUUCCUAUUUUUCGUUUUCAUUCUUUCCUUCUUUCUUUCUUCCUAUUUUUCGUUUUCUUUCUUUCUUCCUAUUUUUUCGUUUUCUUUCUUUCAUUCUUUCUUUCUUUCUUCCUAUUUUUUCGUUUUCUUUCUUUCUUUCUUUCUUUCUUCCUAUUUUUUCGUUUUCUUUCUUUCAUUCUUUCUUUCUUUCUUCCUAUUUUUUCGUUUUCAUUCUUUCAUUCUUUCUUUCUUUCUUUCUUCCUAUUUUUUCGUUAUCUUUCUUUCUUUCUUUCUUCUGUUUUCGGUAAUCCACUUGCAUAUUGAUCGGCUAGCCUCUGUCUAUUUUGGAAAGAUAAUCCCCAGUUGCUCUCUGUUCUUUCAUAUCUAUCUAUCUAUCUAUCUAUCUAUCUAUCUAUCUAUCUAUCUCAGUUCGUAUCUAUCUAUCUAUCUCAGACAGUUCGUAUCUAUCUAUCUAUCUAUCUAUCUAUCUAUCUAUCUAUCUAUCUCAGUUCGUAUCUAUCUAUCUAUCUAUCUAUCUAUCUAUCUAUCUAUCUAUCUAUCUAUCUCAGACAGUUCGUAUCUAUCUAUCUAUCUAUCUAUCUCAGUUCGUAUCUAUCUAUCUAUCUAUUUUAAUCUUUGUUCAUAUGUAUCUAUCUCUGUUCAUAUCUAUCUAUCUAUCUAUCUAUCUAUCUAUCUAUCUAUCUAUAUUAAUGUCAGUUCCUAUCUAUCUAUCUCAUUCUGUUCAUAUCUAUCUAUCUAUCUAUCUAUCUAUCUAUCUACCUAUCUAUCUAUUUUAAUGACUGUUCAUAUCUAUCUAUCUAUCUAUUUUAAUGACUGUUCAUAUCUAUCUAUCUAUCUAUCUAUCUAUCUAUCUAUCUAUCUCAGUUCGUAUCUAUCUAUCUAUUUAUCUAUCUCAGUUCGUAUCUAUCUAUCUAUCUAUCUAUCUAUCUAUCUAUCUAUUUUAAUCUUUUUCCUAUCUAUCUAUCUCAUUCUGUUCAUAUCUAUCUAUCUAUCUAUCUAUCUAUCUAUUUUAAUGACUGUUCAUAUCUAUCUAUCUAUCUAUCUCAGACAGUUCGUAUCUAUCUAUCUAUCUAUCUAUCUAUCUAUCUAUCUAUCUCAGACAGAUUCUAUCUAUCUAUCUAUCUAUCUAUCUAUCUAUCUAUCUGAAUGUUUUCAUAUUUAUCUAUAUUUCUAUCCAACUAAUUCAGCCCAUUCAUAUCUGUGUCAGUUAAUAUCUAUCUAUCUAUCUAUCUAUCUCAUUCAGGCUGUUUAUUAUCUAUCUAUCUAUCUAUCUAUAUAUCUAUCUAUCUAUCUAUCUCCGUCUGUUCUUAUAUAUCUACCUACGUUUUAA